AUUCACAGAAGGUUUCAUUUACAAGGGAAACUGAAACUCAUUUAUAGAGCUGUUUGAACUGCCAUUUAGGACUUGUCCUCUUGCUGUGAAGACUUACUUGAAUGGCCGGCCAAUGACCAAAGAGAAGAAUUUUUUUUAAUCUGGGUUUUCUUCACCACAUAUGUACAAAUGAAGACGGAGUUACUUCUUAUGAUGCUCGCUGUGGUCUUAGUGAAAGGAGAACCUGCAAAACCACAUUUCAAUCUUCAAUGUUACAAGAAGACCACUGAUCCAGAUAGUGACUUCAUCUGUGCAUGGGAAUCUAGGAUCUCUGCUGAUAACUUCUCACUUUUUUAUCAUGCACAAAAAAGACCUGUUGCAAUUCUUUGGACUGGGCGAGGACUGACCUGCAAAAUACCUCGUGAAAUGCUUUUGACAAAAAAGAUGACAACUUUGUGGCUGGAGGCCAAAGUAGGCAACAGGACCUACAGGUCACUCAACCUCAGUGUUGUUCUUGAAACCCAGGUUAAAUAUGAUGCUCCAGAAAUUAAAAAGAUGUCGCGAUCCUCAGGAAAUCUGACUUUGUGGUGGGACAGACAGAAUUCAGAAGAUAAAGGGGCUAUACAUGAGAUUGCAUUCAGGAAGCAGGGUGAUGAUCUUUGGCAAAAUAACACCUUUGAGACAAGAGACGGAGGAAAUGCACAAGAGGAAUGGACUGAGAGUCUCCCAGAAAAUGAAUGUUAUGAGGUGCGGAUCAGACGAAUGGCAAAGGGACUGGGCACUGUCAUCUGGAGUGAUUGGAGCAACAUCAAGAAAGUGCCCAUUGAAAUUUGCAGCAAGCCUAAAGUAACAUGGGAAGUAGGAGAACUAAAAAUGGGAGUUCGAUUGCUGAAGUUAACGUGGAAGGAACCUCAGAAACUAGCAUCUUUUGGAGGAGUGUCAUACAAGCUCUCCAUCUUCUAUGGGCACUGCUGGAGAAAAAUUUUUUUAUAUAAUCUUUACACCACAAAGUAUAACAUAAAUGUGACUGCUUCAGCUGUAAACUUGAACAUCACUGCCAUCAACAGUGUGGGGGAAUCUCCAACAGCACAGAUUACAGUUCCAGCUCAACAUCUCAAUACUUGUUCCAAAAGUCUAGAUUUAUUAUCCAAAAAUGUCAAGAAAUUCUGUGUAGAGUUGUAUAACGUGAAUGAUGAAAAGACACCACCAGCAUCCGUGAAGACCUUCCACAGCAAAAAUAUAACACAUGCAAUGAAAAAAAUGAAAAAAGAAAUGGAAGACUUUGUGCGCUAUCACUACUUCAUUCAUGUUGGAGACCAUUCUCGACGCACCAUUGCACUCUGUCCCUUCUACAAGAAAGAAGAAGCGCCCGCAAGUGCUCCUGUUAAUGUCACUGUUCUCAACAAAACACACAAUUCUGCUUUGCUGCAGUGGAAACCUAUACCCAUGUCAAAGCAGCAUGGCUUCCUCAAACAUUACAUCAUUUACAUAGAAAGAAAGAGCAAGAUUGACAUAGAAAAAGUUUCUUGGCUUCAAACAAAUUACACAGUUUGGAACCUUUCAUCUGGGACUGAAUAUACGGUCAAUAUCACCGGGGAAACAGAUAUGGGUUUAGGGCCAAAUGCAACAAUCAAAAUCCAAAUGUUUUCCUCUCAAUCUAACCAAGAUGGCAAACCUUCAAGAACUGAUACGAUUAUAAGUGUCACAUGUCUGUUUGUGCUUUGCUCAAUUGCAAUCUGCAGUUUUGCCAUCAAAAGUUUCAUAAGCAACUACUUACCUGACAUUCCAAGGCCUGUGAUCCAAGAAACACAUUGCUGUUCCCCCGAGAAUGACAAGGAAACAUACCCGGUUGGAGAAGAAGUGGAUGUUUUUGUUUUUUUGCCCAGUGAUGAAGAAAAGGGCAAGAAGCCUGAUGUCCAGGAGGAGAGAGCAACGCUGGUUGUUAGCGAAAGUUCCUCCCAGGAGCAGGAGGACAGUGAGUGCCAGUCCGACUCCGACACGGCUGACGCCUCUUGUUUUGCCCUGAGCCCGGACUAUAAGAGACAGGUGCUGAGCCUACAGGCCCCUCUGGAGGGAAACGAGUGCGGCCAUGGACCACGUCACUGUGAUGACACCACACCCUCCUACAAAAACGGUCUAGUCUUUGAAGGUAGAACAGAAAACACACGGAAGGGGACAGAGUUAUAAUACUUUUAGCCUCGGUGUCACUUAUGUGUAAAAGAAAAGUGAGAACAUUUUGGUUUUGCUCAGUGCUCAGCAGAGGUGAAGUGCGGUUACAAGUACAAAAUGUAUUUUUUUAGCAAUGACUACAAAAUAACUGUUCACGUUUGUUAUUUAUGCACAAUCGUAUGUUUACAAUAGAGGAAUGAACAAAAAAGCCAUAAAUAUAUGUGCUAUGCCAUACAGAAUGCAGUGGUUUUUACAGACGGGGCCCUGUCUGUAAUUUUGUUUUUUAGAACGUGCAUUGAAAUUUAUUUUUGGACUGAUUUAGUAUUUCAUUUGUGUAAUCUUUUUUUGUACCAUCUUACACGUCUAAGCAUUCAUUUCUGUAAUCAUAGUCGA